AUGGCAGAGCACGUGGAAUCAUUGGGAACGGUUAAUGUUGGGUUUCUCAUCAAGGCAGUCCCAACCAGAGGAACGGCUUUGCCAACCAAGAUAAAGUGGGAAAUUCCUAUUUGUGGCUUUGAUGUUUACGAAAUUCGUGACAUGGGUUCCCAGGUUCUAGAAACAGAGCCCUCCUUGGAAUACCGCGUUGGGGUCAACGAUGAUGAAACCAUUACCAUUACAGACAAGGACUUGGGUCGCAGUUCGGAGUCUUUGAAGGUCCAUCACUUAACACUUGCUCUCUUUAAGCGUGUUCUUGAACAACACAAGCCAUGCAAGGUAAUGUUUCAAAAGCAGGAAGAAUGA